CCACCCACUCCUUUCCGCUCACUUUGAACUGAUUCAGGUUGGAGAAGAUUUACAAAAAUAAAUAAAUAGAUGAUAAAUAAAUACGUGGAUAAUUAAAGUUUAUAAUUCUCCACAAACUACUAGUCAACGGAAGAUAAGCCUCAUCCUUCUGCCUCAUGGGGGACCGUUUUCCUUGGAGAUUGGAUAAUCAAAAGUUAGAUAAAUCUACUACGACGUCUAGAGUGGAUUUAGGUUAAUUUUACACAUAACAAAGUAAAUACUUUGCGAAGGUUUAAUUAAUUGGAGAUUAUUACAAUGUUCAAUUGUUACAUUGUGGGGAGCAGUUGGGGAGUAAAAUGGGGGGUACGAGAGUGGUUGUAAAGUUGAUAGUUUCGUUUUUUCGCCGGUAUAAAUGUGAAAUAUAUAAGAGAUUUUAAUAAUUCACAGUAUUUAUCUAUUUCCAAUUAAACUACUGCAAAUUGUGAGAAAUGUAUACGAUAUUCAGAUAAGGACAAGGGUGGAUUUUGGAUAAUUGUAACUCUACAAAUGUUCAAAAACAAAGAAAGACUAAUUUGACCAAUUACACAAUAGUUUAAAGUUACCAAUUAAAUUAAAACAAUGGCUGCCUCAUCCUCUGGGACGUCUGGAAGUAAUAAUAGCAACGCCAUGGAAGAAGAGACGACUGCAACUGGAGAAAAUACGGCUGGGACCAUGAUGGCGAAUUGUGUUGAGAUUAGUUUUGAGGAAUUUUUGAGACGACGAUCAGAAGAAAGUUUGCAAUUGAGUGGGUUUUCCGGGGGAGCUGGGGGUUCCAUGCUGACCGGAAACGUCGAAGUGGACGAGUCACCGCUAAAACCAUCCAUUAAUAGGAAUAAAGAGUCAUUAAAGUUGAAAUUGCAAAUGAGGAGACCAAUCAACCAACUUGUUGAGCAGGGGAUUCUGCCGUCCCCCAACACUCCUCCGGCGUAUGCUUGCCAACGAGUGAAACUGGAACGUGCGAGGAUGGGCGAUCUACUUAAAGCAAAGAUUCAACAGAGGCCGAGCAGACAAGAACUUGUCCGACAGCACAUUUUGGAGGAAACCGAUCCAAGGGUGGCUCCCUUACUCGCAGAAAAGCAAAGAAUGCUGAAACGAGCUCGUCUUGCCGAUUCUUUAAAUGAUCAUUUAAUACACCGACCCGGUCCUUUAGAAUUAGUCCAGAAAAACAUUCUGCAUGCACCUGAUGAAUCCAUCGAGAAAGCCAUUAAAGAGGGUAUCGUCCCCUUUAAAGCCACGUGCGAAGGAGCCACGCCAGGUCCACCUCUACCAACGAAAUAUAUUUGUCAAGAGGAUGAUUCAAGUUCUGAUGUCUCCUCACCAAGUGUGAAUCUCGACAGUGUUUCUGCCGAAGAAAACGUUCCAACCCCAUCCGCACCUCCCUCUGCCCCUGAUCUAUCCCUUCCAGAAACCGUUUUGGAGGUGCAAAAUAAAGUGCUCCAAGCGGUUGCAACAGUGACGCCUGUUAAAAUUGUGGAAGCUGUACCGAUCCCAACCCCGCCACCGCCACCACCUUAUUCAUUUACUAUCCCUGAAUCCACUACAUCAUCGACACAACAAAACAUUGGAAUAUUUGCUGUACCAAUAUUUGCAAACGCAUCACAAUCAAUACAACAACAACCAAUUUUUCAAAGUACUCCUUCCAACAUAACUUCCACUACUCCGAGUACUAGCAGCAGUUUCAAAAGUCGCUCUAAAAAAAUUAGUAAAUCAAAAUCCCAAUCGAAACCAAAAACGAUCAAAUUUCAUGAAUACCGCGGACCACCAAGUGCUCAAAAAUCAUCAACAAAUAUUUCUGAACAAAAUAAACGUCCUGCGGAAAGCUCAUAUGAAUUAUUACUUCAACAACAACAAUUAUUUCUACAAUGGCAAUUAGAGUGGCAACACAGGUUUCCCAAAAUCCUUCUCCCUGCCGUUUCGAAAAUGUCUGCCGAGGAGAAAAAGGCAUUUUGUUCCACACUCCAGUCCUCCACCUUCCCAUCCUCCGCCCUAUCUCAUCAUCAUAAUCUUCAUCCCGUGGUAUCAUCUUCGGACAAAAACUGUCUUCCAGUCUCAAUACUCUCGUCUAACCCAACGAAUUCAGUUUUGAUACUUAGCUCAACUGCGGAACCACCAAUUUCGACAAAUAAUAAUAUUAAUAUUAAUAACAAUAAUACUCACUCGGUUAGCUACGUGCAGCAACCACAACAAAUAACGCCACAACCUGCGGCGACGACGACAACGACGGGGGCGGUGGCGACUACAACUACAUUGGUCAUCACGAGUCCACUACCUCAGAGUUCGGUUAAUCAGAAUAAUUCAGUAAUGCCCGCAGUGACGACUUCUUCAGUAGUUAAGGUGGAAAAUAAACCGACAAACGAAGUACCAAAGGUUCCCACCACCUCUACCGCUGCAACUACCACGACGACCACCAGCAGUACUUUAUCUCAGUCAAUAAAGUUAAACGACUGGAAAGUGAAUGAGCUUAAAGCUGAGUUGAAGAAGAGAAAUUUACCAGUUAGUGGAUCGAAAUCUCAAUUAGUUGAAAGACUACAGGCGAAAAUAGACAAGGAGAAAGAAAAGGGUUCGAAAUGUGGACAACAGACGGUUAAAAAAAUUGAAGAAGUCAAAGAAAACGGAAUCGACAAUAACAAUGUGCUAACAAUGACGCCAUCGCAGGAUGUCAAAUUUUUUAUAACAAAUAACAAUUCAACACCAACUUUAUUAAAUUCGGGAACUUUAGAAUUUUUACAUAAAUCUGGAAUUCUUAAACCUCGUGGUGAAGGGAAGGACACGGCUGGAAUAAUUUCAGUCCCGACCAAUGGGGUCUCACCCAGUUCGAGAUCUGUACUUCAGCAGAAAAUACAACAAAAAAUGCAGCAACAACAGGCAAAAACACAAUCAGAAUUAAUUAACAAAAAUGAAUCCACGCCCGCUGUGACCGUGGUCAAUGAGCUUAGGACGUGGAUGCCGAGUUGUAAUGGGAACGCGGCACAGCAACCGGUGGAGCAAGUGGAAAAUGCAGUGGAUGCAUCCAACGCUAACACUAUUUCUGGAGGAGGAGGAGAAAAUUCAUGGGUUUUGAAGAUCAGGGAAACCCCACCACCACCAGCAUCCUUUGAAAAUUGUUUGGCUGAUUUAUUAUCAGAGGCUACUAGUCAGCCCACAUCAACGCCCUUGAUCGUUAACCAGGGCUCCCCGUUAACCCAACAGCAACAACAACACGUCAAAAGUCAAAUGGUUGAUGAUGUGCUUGAAAUACUCAUCCGACAUGGAGAACUUCCUCCCAGCGCCGCCUCCACACACCACAUGCACCCAUCCUCCUCAUCAACCCAACAACCUCAUCGUUCUGAUGGAGGAAACAACUUCCAACCACCCCCCGCACCUCCCCUUCCUCCCACAACAUUCGCUGUAACUUUACCAACAGAAAUCAGUUUCCGUCGCCUGGCGCAGCAACAACCUUUUAGGGAAGAGAAACCCUUGGAAAGAAAAGGAUCCCUGGGAAUCAAUUCACUAACUAAAGAAGCAGAGGAAAUUUUAAAAAUUGGCGAAUCAAAUCCAAUCGAACCACCAUCAUGUACACUUAAUCUAAACAAAGAUGGUGGUGAAGAAUACAUGGACUUGGACACCGCCGGAUUAUUAAACAUGGAACUAAAAUCUAACAAAUCCUCCUUGCUCAACGGUGGAGGGGAUUCAAUAGUAAUUGACGAAUUGUUAACAGAAGCCUUGGAAUUCCCAAUGGACACUGAGUACUCGGAUUGGUUAGAAAGUUUCUCUGCGGAUAACAAUUUCCAUCAACAAUUUAAUAAUCAAUUGGAUAAAGAGGACUCGAGAGGGGAUCCACUCUUAUCUUCAACAAAGAGUUGUGAAACUUCCAAUAUUUUGGAUAACAAUUUUCCUACCCAUACUCCAAAUUGUAUGGACGUUGAUGUGAAUGAUGGGAGCGAGUUUGUAGGAAAAAUUAAAAAAUCUACAAAUACUUUGGAUGAACAAAAUCUUAAUAUUAAUGUCGGAGAUUUGUGGGACUUUAAUUUUUAAAAAAAUUUCUCGUUUUACAAAAAUCUUUCAUUCUCUUUCCAUAUAUUGUUUGUGUGGGUGCAUUUGUGGGUGUGGUUGGGGGUGCUUUUUUGUGAACUUCUGUUAUCCAUAACAUAACCAAUUUAUUAUUAAUAAAAAUAAAUACAAUUGACUGACUUUAAUUUAA